AUGGACGGUCCAGCGAAAACAAGGGGCAUGUCCAAGCUGGCGGUGGUGUGCGGGGGCUCCAGAGGCAUCGGGAGAGCCGUGUCCCGGCUGCUGGCUGAGCGCGGCUGCCGGCUGGCCCUUCUCUCCCGGAACGAAGACGCAGCCCGGGCCGCCGUGGCCGCUCUGCACGGGGCUGACCACGUGGCGUUCAGCUGCGAUGUCUCCAAAGAGCAGGAGGUGCAGAAAACCUUUGAGAAAAUCCAGAGUGCCUGUGGGAACAUUUCUUACCUCGUGAACGCCGCUGGCAUCAACAAGGACGCUCUGUUACUGAGGACCAGGUCGGAGGACAUGCUGGCUCUGCUUCACACCAAUCUGCUGGGCUCCAUGCUGACGUGCAGGGCAGCGCUGCGCAGCAUGCUGCACGCCCCGGGGGCCGCCAUCGUCAACAUAGGUUCUGUCGUGGGCCUAAAAGGGAAUGCGGGCCAGUGUGUUUACAGUGCCGGUAAAGCUGGUUUAGAGGGUUUCACUCGCUCGCUUGCCAAAGAAGUGGCUUCCCGGAACAUCAGGGUGAAUCUGUUGUGUCCUGGGUUCGUGCGGACUGACCUGACCGGGGGGCUGAGGGAGGAGGACAGAGCGCGCUCCAUCCCUCUGGGGAGGUUCGGCACUCCGGAGGAGGCAGCGCAGGCCGCCGUCUUCCUGCUGGAGGCCUCCUACGUGACGGGACAGGUGCUGGUGGUGGACGGAGGGCUGCAGCUGGCCAUGUAG